AUGAUCAUCAGGCAACUUCCUCAGGACGUCGUCGAAAAGAUUAAAUCCUCGGUCAAUAUCACUUCUCUGAAUGGCGUUGUCUGCGGUCUCAUUACAAAUUCUUUAGACGCCGGCGCAUCCAAGAUCAACAUCUCGAUCGACUACAGCAGGGGAAAUUGUACCGUUGAAGAUAACGGGUCCGGAAUUCCACCCGAAGAAUUUAAAGAUGGCGGGGGCCUCGGGAAGCUCCACCAUACAUCCAAGUUCCCCUCAAGAUCUUCUCUUCAUGGGAAACACGGUGAUUUCCUAGCAUCCCUUGCUACUUUUUCUCUUCUAGCCAUCACAUCUCACCAUCAAAGGCAUAUUUCACACAAUUCUAUCUCGUUUCACAACUCUCGCAUACUGGCUAGACAGUUGCCUUCGACCCCUGAAUCGCGGCUUGUCAACUUUGAUCAUGGCACUCGUACGACUGUUCGAGAUCUCUUCGGCAACAUGCCGGUCAGGGUUAAGCAGAGAGUGACGUUUACUGAAAGAUCUGCUCUUGACAAGGAAUGGUCGAAAUUGAUUCGAGCUGUCGUAGGCCUGCUACUUGCCUGGCCAUUAGGUGUAUCCGUUUCACUCAAGAACGCAGGAACUCAGCGCGAAUUACGGUUUCGACCAGCUGAAAAACCAGACAGCAUGUCUAGAACCUCUCGACUUCUCACACAAGCUGGCCUGGCCGAUUCAGACGACACAGAUACCUGGGUCCCCAUAUCAGCGUCAUGCGGGCCGAUUUCCGUCAAAGGCGCUAUCUCUACGCAUCCUGUUGCGACACGGCGCUCUCAAUUUAUCAGUCUUGGGAUCCAACCAGUCAGUAACGAGUUUGGCACGGAUGUUCUUUAUGAAGAAAUCAACAAGACUUUUGGAAACUCUAGCUUUGGUGUGAUUGAUGGAAAUGAAGACAAUAAUGGUAACUCGCCGAAGCUGGGAGAGUUUACAGGAAGAGAUCUGAGGAGUAGGAAAGUUAUCGAGAGAUGGCCCAUGUUCUAUCUCAAAAUCAGCACUACGGGGUUGGAGGGCUUCGACAACCCAGAUCGACUGGACAGUCAAGGCCAGACCCUGUCCGCCAUCAUUGAUCUUUUGAAGGUAACAUGUUACGGAUUUCUCAAAAAGCAUCAUUUUCGUCCACAAAAAGUUCGAUUAGACCCCGAGGAAUCCUUAUUCUCGACAACAAGAACGUUGGGCCGGUCGAAAAAGCCUAAGAAGCAACCAGCCUCAUCAUCGAAUAGCUCGAGAGCCAGUUCCGUCACUCCUGUCUCCAGAUCUGGUUCACUUGGAGCACGAGCAGAUAGCCCCUUUGAGGGUUGGCACCGGAUCAAAGUUGGGAGAGCUACACCACUCAGCGCCACCUCCAAAGCCGUAGAUGUUCGUACGAAGUUGCGAGAAGAGUCACCGGGGGGUCGUCUUGUUGGAGAAGGGGGGAAACUGUUGCGCAAACCGUUUGAUGAGCCAUCCCCUGAACCAGAAGGCGAGAAAGCAGGCUCGUCUGCAAACAGUGGUGUGAUCUCAGGCGCAUGUACUGUUGACGACACAACAGGUGGUGGUGACACAAGCGGUAGUGUUACCUGUCAAGGUGCACAGAAGCGAGACAAACAUCGUAGCAAAUGGCUCCAGGGUGUCAUCAGGUCAUGGGAGAAUCCAAUUUUUCACCCUGUAGAACCAUCUGUGCCGUGUAUCGACAGCUCAGCAAAAGAUCAGCUGCAUACGUGUGGGCAUGGAAGCGUCCAUGUUGGUUUCGAAACAGGAUCCAUGAGCCUCAGUGGGCGAAUCUCACGUCACGCACUUGCUCGCGCUACCGUGAUAGAACAAGUCGACCGCAAAUUCAUACUGGUGAAACUUCCCCUUGAGCGUGCAGUAUCUGGGGCCUUGGUGCACGAGAAGCAGAGUUCCGCGUUAGUCAUGCUGGACCAGCACGCAGUCGAUGAGCGAUGUCAACUUGAGGACCUCAUGGCGACCUAUUUCACACACGACCCCUUGACAAACCAAACUUCACCAAUCAUGGAACCUCUGGACCGACCUGUAAUCUUCGAAGUCUCAAAAGAAGAAUGGACUCUUCUAGAACAACAUCGCGAUUACUUUGCUGCUUGGGGCAUCACAUACCAAACACCCAACUCCCCACAAAACAAAGUCAGAGUUACAGGUCUCCCUCCAAGCAUCAUCGAACGAUGCAGACUAGAGCCCCGACUUCUUAUCGAACUUUUACGAACAGAAGUUUGGCGAAGUUGCGCGCAUGGUCGACCCAGUAUGGCGCCCUUGAUUGAUCUUGGAGAUGGGGCCAAGUUUGGCGGUUGGCAAGAAUCAAACCGACAAAAGACGGUUCCAUGGAAGAGCUGGAUAGAGGAGUCAUGA